UGAUUCGCACGGUUUGUUGCAGUAACUGGUGGUAACUAAGGAUUCUUUUUCUGUGGACUGUAGAGGGAAUAUUUUAAAGGUCUUUUAAAGGUCAAAGAGUUUUGUGUAAUGUAAGACAUUGUUUCAGUCAUUAGGGGUUUGAAGUUAAAAGUCUCCGCCAUGGGUCAGCGCCUGAGUGAAGAAGGUGAUCCAGACAAGGAGAUUGAUGCCGCAGAGCUGCAGGAGUGGUAUAAAAAAUUUGUCGUGGAAUGCCCAAGUGGAACUCUCUUCAGGCACGAGUUCAAGAGCUUCUUCGGUGUAACGGAAAACAAGGCGGCUGCAGAUUACAUUGAGAACAUGUUUCGAGCCUUCGACAAGAACGGCGACAACACCAUUGAUUUUCUGGAGUACGUGGCGGCCUUGAACUUAGUGCUGAGGGGUAAACUGGAGCACAAGCUGAAAUGGACAUUUAAAAUGUACGAUAAAGAUGGAAGCGGAUGCAUCGAUAAAACAGAGCUUCUAGAAAUCGUUGAGUCAAUUUAUCGACUGAAGAAAGCCUGCCAUGGAGAGCUUGAUGAAGAGUGCAAUCUGCUGACCCCAGACCAAGUGGUCGACCGCAUAUUUGAGCUGGUUGAUGAAAAUGGAGAUGGGGAGCUCUCACUGGACGAGUUCAUUGAUGGAGCAAGGAGGGACAAGUGGGUGAUGAAGAUGCUGCAGAUGGACGUCAACCCUGGGGACUGGAUCAAUGAGAGAAGACGCAGUGCUAACUUCUAGUCAGAUCAGUCAGCUCCUCCAUGUGUAACCAAUCACCCUGCUUUGUAUCUAUAUCAGUUUGUAUGAUUGUAAAAAGUAGACCAAACUACAGUCAUCCUUGCAUUGUGCCACACUAUUUUGCUUGUUAAGAGUAAACCUUUACGGCAUUAACGUAAAUGAGCAGAAUUAGGUUGUCAUGUAUUGCCGUUGCUGCUCUUGCUCUUUUUAUAUGCAUUGUUUUUUUUACAGAUGCUGCAGACAUGAAGUACUUGCUUUAAAGAUAUUAAACACACUUCUCUUCUCAACUACGUUCCACCACUAAGAGGUGUUUUUUCCAUCCGUUUUUUGC